AUGAAUGAUGGUUCGUCGUCAUCAUCAUCGUCAAGCCCAAAUAUGGACUCUGAUGUUCUGGUAGACGAAACCUACUUCUCCGCUUUAUUCGAUUACGAUGAGGUUUUCCCAAUCUCCGACGAGAACUACGCUACGGAGCUCCAUCUCCAAGAAGCUCUGUUUUCUUCCUUGGUCGCUUCUACUGUUGGUGUUAAUCAUCAUCCCCAAGUCCAAAUUAAUCUUUUCACUCAGGUUAAGCAGGAACCGGAUAUCAAGCAGGAGAUGGAACCUUUCGAACCAUCAAGAAUGCUCUGUAAUAUCUGUAUGGACGAAAAACCUUCCUCUGACAUCUUCCGAGGAACCACCAACUGCACUCACUCCUACUGCACCGACUGCACCGUACGUUACGUGGCGACUAAGAUCAAAGAAAACGCAGCGAGGAUCAAAUGCCCUGACGUGGAGUGCACGAGCCUGAUAGAGCCGUACGCUUGUCGAGAUCUGAUCCCUAAGGACGUGUUCGAUCGCUGGGAGAAAAUCUUGUGCGAGUCGCUAAUCUCCUCAUGGGAAAAGUUCUACUGUCCGUUCAAAGACUGCUCGGGGAUGAUGGUGAACGAUGGAGGUGGAGAUGCUAACGUGACGCAGACGGAGUGUCCGUCUUGUCACAGACUGUUCUGCGUGCAGUGUAAGGUUGCAUGGCAUGCGGGGAUUGGCUGCGAGGAGUUCCAGAGGUUUGGGAAUGCGAAGAAGAAGAGUAGUGAUGAAGAAGAUGCUUUGUUGAUUCAGAUGGCGAAGAAUAAGCAGUGGAGAAGGUGUCCUAGGUGCAAGUACUACGUUGAUAAGGUCGAUGGUUGUCUUCAUAUAAACUGCAGGUGUGGGUUUCAGUUUUGCUAUGGAUGUGGAUGUGAGUGGGUUUCUUCUCACGCUUGCCCUAUUCGCACCUAAAGAAAUAAGUCCCAAUCUUUGCGUGUUAUUCUAUCAAAUUUAUUAAGGAUAUUGAGUGUGUUUUUUUCAUGUUUCUUUUUCUUGUGUGUGGUGUGUUA